AUGCAAGACGAUAUAUUUGAGCAAGUCCUCUGCCGUAUUCGCAGAUGCUAUGUCUACAAGAUCCCCCCACGAAAUACGGGUAUGGGUUACCGUGCUGCUGGCUGGACGAACCAGAUUUGGAUGGGUUCUCUGACUGUUGUCCUGAGAGGAAAGAGCUGCUUCGUGGAGCUCAUUGACGACAACAAGAAGGUCUUUGCCUCCACCAUGAUUCGUGACGAUGGUCCUUCUGUGAUUGAGCCUGUGCUGGAUUCUUCUCGUUACUUCGUGAUGAGAAUCGAGAAGGACCGCAAGAAGGCCUACAUUGGUGUUGGUUUCCAGGAGCGUUCGGAGGCUCUGGAUUUCAAGAUCGCUCUGCAGGAGUACAAGAAGUACCUGGAUGAGCCCGAGUACGAGGAUGACAGCGAGGAGCAGGACUACUCUCUGCAGGAGGGAGAGACGCUUCACGUGGAAGUGUCCAUCAAGAACAAGAAGAGGCACAACAAAAGAAAGGUGGAGGAUGCCAUCGAGGUCGAUGAGAGCGGUGCUCUGGCGCCUCCUCCAGAGUCUGGACGUCGUCGUCGUGCUCGUGGUAGCCGCAGAAAGGCUGCUGCUGCUGAAGAAGAGGAAGAGGAGGAGCAGGCCGCUCCCGCCGCUCCGGCGUAUGCUGCUCCGGCGUAUGCUGCCCCUGCCGCGGCUGCCCCGUCGACUGAUUUCGACUUCUUCAACUUCUAAAUGACUUGACUUGACUUGCUUGUUUGCC